AUGACAGACGAAAAACGCGAAAUCGAGCUUGAGCACCAUGAGUCAAACGAAGAUCGCACUAUACAACACGCACCAAAAGCUGAUGUAAAGCUCCAUCAUGACAAAGUCGCACCGGAAGCAAUUGGCGGGUUGUACGAUGAGAUGCCAAAAGGGUAUUAUACGAGCAAAGAAUUCAUCGGAACUUUGAUUGCGACUUGUCUCGCACAAAUCAGUGGCUACUUGGGAUGGGUGUUGCCAGCAAACACUCUAUCUUUGAUCAACGCAGCCCUUGGAGGAUCUCCAAAUAUCACAUGGGUGGCGCUGGCGUGGACGAUGGGUUUUACUAUUGGCUUAUCGCUUGUCGGUCGAUUGUCUGAUAUCUUCGGUCGCAGAUGGUUCUUCAUCGGAUCCAGUAUCAUGGCUCUAGUGGGUAAUGUCAUUGGAGCAUCAGCACAAUCCGUGAACAUGCUCAUUGGAACGAAUUGUCUUAAUGGACUCGCCGCUGCUGGACAGCUUUCCUUCUCGGUCAUCAUUGGUGAGCUGGUUCCAAACAGACAGCGUGGACCAUUCAACGCUUUGGUCCUGUCAACUUCGAUUCCUUUUGCCGUCUUCGGUCCACCAGUAGCUCGAGCUUUCUACGAAAACACCGGCUUGCAAUGGCGAUGGUCGUACAUUUUGGGUUGUAUCAUCAAUUUCAUCGCUGCUGGCAUGUACUAUCUUUGCUACCAUCCACCAACUUACAACCAGCUCCACGUGGGCGGAAAGUCGAAGAUGCAACAACUGAAAGGUCUUGAUUGGGUUGGAAUCUUUUUGUUUUCCACUGGAUUGGUUCUCUUUCUCAUCGGGUUGAAUUGGGGUGGCCAAGCGUAUCCAUGGGUUUCAGCUCACACUCUUUGCACCCUCAUUUUCGGGAUUGCCACCUUGAUAGGCUUCGGUCUGUGGGAAGCGUAUAGCGGCCACGAGUUUCCUCUUAUGCCAAUGAGGCUUUUCAAAAACAUCAAGUACGACGCUAUCACGGCUUGCGCUUCUAUUGCGGCAAUGGUAUACUACUCUAUGACAGUUGUAUGGCCAACUCUGAUUGGCGCACUAUUCACCACAAACGUCCAGGAAGUUGGGUGGCUCUCCUGCGCUGUGGGAGGUGGUCUUCUCUUCGGACAAAUCGCUGCAGGUAUGGGUAUCCGAUAUCUGCCAAGAAUGAAAAUACAGAUGACAGUUGCGUCUAUCAUCAUGAUAGCAUUUGUUGCAUCGCUGGCUUCCGUCAAUGAGGACUCACGUACACGAACCGUCGUAUGCCUAUUGAUUGGCGUCGCGGCUGCCGGUUACAUCGAAAACUUAACUCUUUCUUCGAUGGCUUACGUUUUCGAACCCGAGGAUAUCGGUCUUGUCGCCGGUGUCAUGGGAAGCAUUCGCACAGCAUCCUCGUCGGUCGCCACUUCGAUUUAUGUGAGCAUUCUGUCGAAUGAAUUAUCGAAGUACCUUCCAAGAUACGUAGUUCCUGCUGCCACAGGAGCAGGACUUCCAGCGGCAUCCAUGACUGACCUCUUCGCUGGAAUAACAGCAGGUUCAUUUGCGAAUGUACCAGGAAUCACACCGGAGAUUGAGAUUGCUGUUGGACAUGCAGUAAAGCAUGCCUAUUCGCUCGCAUUCCGAACCGUUUUCUUAUGUACCCUGCCGUUCGGUGCCAUCCUCUUAGUUGCUGCAGUCAUCAGUCCUAAUGUUGAGGAUUACAUGACGGACGAUGUUGCGAGAAGAUUGCAGGGAACAGUGGUUGCAGGAGGAGGAUCAGAUAAGUCUGUCGAUUCCGAGGCUGGCCAAUAG